CUUGGGGACAGGCAGGAGGACAGGCUUAAGGAGCUGUUCUGGAGGGAGGGCGGGGGCAGGCAGGCUCGGCCCGGCCGGGGCAGGGAGCAUGGAGCCACCUGAGUCCCAUCGGCAUGGGGGCGAACAGAGCUGGUGGGGUACUGCUCCCCAGUACCAGUACAUGCCCUUUGAACACUGCACCAGCUACGGACUGCCCUCCGAGAAUGGGGUCCUGCAGCACAGGCUCCGGAGGGAUGCGGGCCCCCGUCCCAACAUCCGCCCCACGCAGAUUUAUGGCCUUCACAAAGAGCAGCUCUCAGACAAGGAGGAGGACAUGGGGAUGCCCAAGAAGACGGGCCCCAGUGCUCCCAUGGACAGCAAGGAUGAGGAUCACUAUUCUAAAUGUCAAGAUUGUAUCCACCGCCUGGGACACAUGGUAAGAAAAAAAUUAGGGGAAGACUGGAUCUUUCUGGUGCUUCUGGGGCUCCUUAUGGCCCUGGUUAGCUGGUGCAUGGAUUAUGUCAGUGCUAAAAUCCUUCAGGCCUACAAGUGGACCUACUACCAUGUGCAGCCCAGCCUGCCUCUGCAGUUCCUGGUCUGGGUCACCUUCCCUCUCAUCCUCAUCCUCUUCAGCGCCCUCUUCUGCCACCUCAUCUCUCCCCAGGCUGUUGGCUCUGGAAUCCCUGAAAUGAAGACAAUACUUCGAGGGGUUGUCCUGAAGGAAUAUCUCACGCUCAAGGCCUUCGUGGCCAAGGUUGUGGCCCUGACUGCGGGGCUGGGCAGCGGCAUCCCUGUGGGGAAGGAGGGCCCUUUUGUCCACAUUGCCAGCAUCUGUGCUGCUGUCCUCAGCAAGUUCAUGUCGGUGUUCUGCGGGGUGUACGAGCAGCCAUACUAUUACACUGACAUGCUGACGGUGGGCUGUGCGGUAGGAGUCGGCUGUUGUUUUGGGACGCCACUUGGAGGCGUGCUGUUUAGCAUCGAGGUCACCUCUACCUACUUCGCUGUGAGGAACUACUGGCGGGGGUUCUUUGCAGCCACGUUCAGUGCCUUUGUUUUCCGAGUGCUUGCCGUGUGGAACAAGGAUGCUGUCACAAUCACCGCUCUCUUCAGAACCAAUUUCCGAAUGGAUUUCCCCUUUGAUCUGCAGGAACUCCCAGCAUUUGCGGUCAUCGGGAUUUGCUGUGGGUUCCUGGGAGCUGUGUUUGUGUAUCUGCAUCGCCAAGUCAUGCUCGGCGUCCGAAGAAACAAGGCGCUCAGCCAGUUUCUUGCUAAGCACCGCCUGCUGUAUCCUGGAAUUGUUACCUUUGUCAUCGCCUCCUUCACCUUUCCACCAGGAAUGGGUCAAUUCAUGGCCGGAGAGUUGAUGCCUCGUGAAGCCAUCAGUUCCCUGUUUGACAACAAUACGUGGGUAAAACACGUAGGGGACCCGGAAAGCCUGGGCCGGUCUGCUGUGUGGAUCCACCCCAAAGUCAAUGUUGUCGUCAUCAUCCUCCUCUUCUUUAUCAUGAAGUUCUGGAUGUCCAUCGUGUCCACCACUAUGCCCAUACCCUGCGGAGGCUUCAUGCCUGUGUUUGUGCUCGGAGCUGCGUUUGGAAGGCUGGUGGGAGAGAUCAUGGCCAUACUAUUCCCUGAUGGUAUCUUAUUUGACGGCAUCAUCUACAAGAUCCUACCUGGGGGCUACGCAGUAAUUGGAGCAGCAGCGCUGACUGGCGCAGUGUCCCACACAGUCUCCACAGCCGUGAUUUGCUUCGAAUUAACGGGUCAGAUUGCUCACAUCCUACCCAUGAUGGUGGCUGUUAUCUUGGCCAACAUGGUGGCUCAGAGCCUGCAGCCCUCCCUUUAUGACAGCAUCAUCCAGGUCAAGAAGCUACCCUACUUGCCUGACCUUGGUUGGAACCAGCUCAGCAAAUUUACGAUCUUUGUUGAGGACAUCAUGGUACGUGAUGUGAAGUUUGUUUCAGCUUCCUGCACGUAUGGGGAAUUGCAAACCCUGCUCCAGACCACCACGGUCAAGACUUUACCACUGGUCGAUUCAAAAGAGUCAAUGAUCCUGCUGGGCUCCGUGGAGCGGUCAGAACUGCAGUCCCUCCUGCAGCGUCACCUGUGUCCUGAGCGGAGGCUGCGGGCAGUCCAGGACAUGGCGAGGAAGUUGUCUGAGCUGCCUUUCGACGGGAAGGCGCGGCUGGCUGGGCAGGGGCGCCGUGGCAUCGGGCCCCAGGGUCGACCUGAGUCCUUCGCCUUUGUGGAUGAGGAUGAAGAUGAGGACCUCUAUGGGAAGCCGGAGCUGCCUCCUCUUCCCUCGCCUCACCCCUUUCCUACUGCCCCACUGCCUUCUGAAGAGCCUAAUGGGCCCCUGCCCAGCCACAAACAGCAGCUGGAAGCACCGGAGCCUGCAGGUCAGAGACCCUCCAUCUUUCGGUCCCUGCUGAGCUGCUUGCUGGGCAGAGCUCGCCCCACAAAGAAGAAAGUGACCCAGGACUCAACGGAUUUAGUGGAUAACAUGUCACCUGAAGAGAUUGAGGCCUGGGAGAAGGAGCAGCUGAGCCAGCCUGUCUGUUUUGACUGCUGCUGUAUUGACCAGUCUCCCUUCCAGCUGGUGGAGCAGACGUCUCUGCACAAGACUCACACGCUGUUCUCCCUUCUUGGCCUCCACCUUGCUUAUGUGACCAGCAUGGGGAAGCUCAGGGGUGUGCUGGCCUUGGAGGAGCUGCAGAAGGCCAUUGAGGGGCACACCAAGUCUGGGGUGCAGCUCCGCCCUCCCCUCGCCAGCUUCCGGAGUACAACUUCGACUCGAAAGAAUCCUGGGGGCCCGCUCCCUCCUGCAGAUGCCUGGAGCCUGCCAGAGGAUGAAACUGGGGCCACUGGGGCAGGGGAUGUGGCUCCUGCCUCCCCAGAGACCCCGGUGCCAUCCCCCUCACCAGAGCCCCCUCUCUCCCGGGCUCCAGCCAAGGCGGAGGGUGACCUGGAGGAGCUGGAGCUGGUGGAGAGUCCGGGGCCGGAAGAGGAGCUGGCUGAUAUCUUGCAGGGCCCCAGUCUGCGAUCCACCGAUGAGGAGGAUGAGGAUGAACUGAUCCUUUGACCACUUCCUGGACCUCCUCAUAAAGACUGUCCAGAGACCUGGGCCAGAGGGUAGCUCUGUGUGGGAGAGGAUAUGUCUUGAAGUUGGAGAGAUUGAACCAGUAUCUGGUCCCUGCUGGGAA